AUGUCCUCGACUGGAAAACCCCGAGGACGUGGUCGAGCUCGACCUACUCCAACAAGAGAAAUCGAUCCACCAGGUGGUGUACAAAAUUAUCGUGAGUCUGAUGUAGCAUCGUGUGCAUCGGAAGCAACUGGAAUUAGUACUAUACCACAACGUGUUAAUGAAGCUACACCAUCUGAUGAGCAAGCUCGAGCAGAAAAGCCUCGUCGUGGAAAUCCACCAAAAGUUAUGCCAGGAGCACCUCGUGGUAGUGGUGUUGUAGGUAUGACAUCUGAAUUUUCAGCGAUGCGUGUUACUUCAAGUAGUGGUCGCUCAAGUUCUCGAUCAGUACCCUAUUCUAGUAUGUCUGAAGCUCAGCCACAAGCAACCGAUAAACGAGGUACGGCUGGUGAUCCCAUUAAUAUUAUCGCAAAUUAUAUAAAAAUAUUAACAAAGCCUCAAUGGGAACUUUAUCAAUAUCAUAUUGAAUUUAUACCAAAUGUUGAAAAUAAACGUUUUCGACGUGAAAUAAUCAGUCAGCAUCGUUCAAAAUUGAAAGAUGUAGCAUUUGAUGGUACAACUAUUUAUACUUUUGAUAAUUUUGGCGAAUUACCCGAGUUUAGUUGUCUUCAUCCAGCAACAUCGGAAGAAGUGAAAGUUGUUCUGAAAAAAGUAGCUGAAAAUUCACCUGAUUCUCCAAUAUUUUUCCAUUUGGCCAAUCUUAUUGUCCGAAAAUUGCUUGAAUUAUCAGGCAUGAAAUUAAUUGGUCGAAAUUAUUAUCAAUUUGAUCGUAAAAUUGAUCUUGAUCAACAUAAAUUAACAUUGUUUCCAGGCUUUAUGACUAAUGUGAAUAUUUAUGAAGGAUCUCUGAUGGUCAAUGUGGAUUUAUCUCAUAAGGUUCUCAAUAAAACUACGGUAUAUCAACGUUUACAAGAUAUAUUUAGUCAAUAUGAAGAUGUUAAACAUGCUCAAGACACAGCCACUAAAGAGCUAGUUGGUCAGAUUGUGCUAACAACUUACAAUUCAAAAACAUAUAAAGUUGACGAAAUCGCAUGGGAACGUAGUCCAUCACAAACUUUCCCCAUGCGUGAUGGUUCACAAUGUUCAUUCAUUCAAUAUUAUGAAGAUAAAUAUCAACUAAAAAUAAUUGAUAUCGGACAGCCUCUUUUGGUAAGUAAACCGUCAAAGAAAGAUCGUCGAGCUGGUGUACAUGCACCAUUUUUACUUAUACCUGAAUUAUGUUGUGUUACUGGCAUUAGUGAUGCAAUGCGGGCAGAUUUUAAAUUUAUGAAGGAGAUAGCUAGCUAUACACAUGUUGAUGCUAAUACUCGUUAUAAUCGUCUUAGACAAUUUGUUACUGAUAUUCAUCAAAAUUCUGAUUGUCAAGAUGAAUUAACUAAAUGGAAUAUCACACUUGACACUGAUCUAGUCAAAUUUGAAGCACGAAUUCUUGAUGUCGAACAUAUAUUGUAUUAUGAUCGUUCUGUAAGAUAUAAUUACAAUGAUGCUGAUUGGAGUCGUGAUGGUCGUACAAUGCGUCAUAUUAGUGCUAAAGCUCUCAAUCAUUGGGUUGUGGUUUUUCCAGCAAAAGAAGAACAAAUUUCAUUAGGACUUAUUGAUGCACUUAUUCAAAUUUGUAAACCAUUUGGCAUGCAUGUUGAAUAUCCACAUAUACAACAACUAGUAAAUGAUCGACCUGAAUCUUAUCUUGAAGCAUUACAAGAUUUUUCACCUGGUAAAACAGAUCUUGUAUUAUGCGUAUUAUCUAGUAAUCGAAAAGAUCGUUAUGAUGCAUUAAAAAAAUUUUUAUGUCUCGAUAAUCCGAUACCGUCACAGAUGGUUGUCACAAGAACAUUGAAACGACAAAAUCAAUUGAUGUCUGUUGCAACGAAAAUCGGUAUACAAAUAAAUGCUAAAUUAGGUGGUGAAGUAUGGGGUGUACAAAUUCCAACAAAAACUUUAAUGGUUAUUGGAAUGGAUUCGUAUCAUGACUCGAAACGUCGUGGCGCUUCCGUUGGUGCAUUUGUUGCAUCAACAAAUCCAACAUUAACAAGAUUCUAUUCACGUGUUAUUUAUCAACGUACAGCACAAGAACUCAUGGAUGGUUUAGCUGUUUGUAUGAAAGAUGCAUUAAAAGAAUACUAUCAAAGUAAUAAUUGUCUACCAGAAAAAAUUAUUAUUUAUCGAGAUGGUGUUAGCGAUGGUCAAUUGGCAGUUGUUGUUGAACAUGAAUUACCACAAAUAAUCGAAACAUUUCCAAAAAUAAUGUCUGGUUAUCAACCAAAACUUGCUGUUAUUAUCGUUAAAAAACGUGGUAAUGCUCGAUUUUUUCAGCAAGACGGUCGCAAUAUACAAAAUCCUCAACCGGGAACUAUUAUUGAUCAUACUGUUACAAAUCCUGAAUGGUACGAUUUUUAUUUAAUCUCACAGUGUGCUCGACAGGGUACAGUCGCACCAACGCAUUACAACGUUAUUUGGGAUGGAACAAAUUUAAAAGUUGAUCAUAUACAACGAUUAACAUAUAAAUUAUGUCAUCUCUAUUAUAAUUGGCCAGGUACAAUACGGGUACCAGCUGUUUGUCAAUAUGCUCAUAAAUUAGCAUUUUUAGUUGGCCAAAGUCUUCAUCAAGAUUUUAGUCUGACACUUGCAAAUAAACUUUUUUAUUUGUGA